UAACCUCGCCCUCGUCCCCUUUGUCACCCUCACCCUUAACCUCGCCCUCGUCCCAUUCCUCAUCCCUGCUUGGCACCCGGCAGCCCCUCCGCAAGGGGGCUUCUUGCACUUCCUGCUGCUGGUAGCUCCAAGCAGGGCCAUGCCGUGGCUUCUCAGCAAGAAGCGACGGCAGUCACCAUCCAGCACCACCAGUGGGCAGCCCUGGGCUGCCACCAGCUCCACCAGCGCCUCCGAGCUCAGGGAGGAGGGGCUGGGCAGGCUGCACCGCGCGGCCGCCCGCGGCGACCUGGCCUGGCUGAGGCGCUGGCGCUGGUAUGUGAAGGUAGUCGGCAUCGACAGGCGAGACCAGGAGAUGCGGACACCUCUGCAUCUCGCUUCGGCAAAUGGCCAUGCAGAUGUCCUUAGAUAUCUGCUAAGAAAGAACAGCCAGCCGAAUCUCGCUGACAACUUGAAGAGAACGGCACUGAUGAAGGCAGUACAGCAGGAGCAGGAAGAAUGUGUUGCUAUUCUGCUGGAACACGGUGCCGACCCGAAUCUGGCAGACGCUGGCGGCAACACUGCCCUUCACCUGGCUGUCCUAUCUAAAAAUACAGCUGUAGCAGGGCUGUUACUCGAGCAUAAUGCCAAUAGUGAUGCUCAGAACCAGAUGGGAUUUACUCCCUUAAAACUUGCAGCCCUCCUACAGCAUGAGGAGAUUCUGGAGUGCCUUCUGGAAAAAGCAGCUGACAGGCAUGCUCAAGCCCAGUGUGAAAGGACUGCUUUUGUGGUUACUGGAACCCAUGAGGCUCACCUAGAGGAAGAUAAUCUGCGCUUGCAGGAAGAGUUGGACAGGGCUGACACGGAGCUGCGGGAGGAGGAAGAAAAGCAUCUUCAGUCUGAGCACUGCGUUCGUGACUUGAAGACUGCCUUGGAUGAUAAAGAAAGAGAAGCAAUAACUUCUUCCCCAAAACUGCAGGACCUCCUGUUGCCAUCUUCCGAGACUAAUACCACUCUAAAACAACUGGAAGAACACGUGCAACAGUAA